AUGAGGCAAGUAAUCCAAUGUCUGAAACAGCUAUCAGAGAGACAUCGGAUGGCAAUCGUGACAUCAAUACAUCAGCCAAACUCUCUGCUCCUCUCAAUGUUUGAUCAGUUAUAUGUGCUCUCAAAGGGCGGUCACUGUGUGUUCGCCGGACGACCCAAUCAUCUCAAAGACCAUCUCAACAAUUGUGGCAUUACUUGCGCUCCAGAUAUCCUCCCAAUUGAGCUCUUGUUGAAGAUAUCAUCAAAAUUUCCAAACUCUGUCUUUAAGAAAAGGGAACUCACUUUAAAUAAUAACAAUAAUACAAAGGAAAGUAUUAACACAACACUUGUGUUGGAAAGCAAUGAAAUCGACAAACUUAUAGAGAGCUCAUGGAAACCAUCGCAACAAUUCAAAGAGAAUUGUCUAAUGAGUGGCAAACUGUCCAAAACUAUUGAUAAACAGACCAAUUAUUUUCAUUUGCAUCACUUUUAUUACCUGUUAUGCCGUGGAAUCACUUGUUUUGUGAGAUACCAAUGGCGAGUGAGCGCAUCUCUGGCUAUAUUUUCAUUCAGUGUAUCGGCAUUUCUGCUCUAUCUCUACGACACAGACAUUGGCCACGAGAGCGGGUGUUUAAACCUCUUUGCCUCAAACGAGACGCCAUCGAUGACUACAUCACAGGAACAGAUGUUACAUAUUUUAAGCCAAGAGUCAAAAGUUGUGCUAAACCUGAAGUGCCAGUUCUUCGGCAUCGCGUUCUUGCAGUUCGUGUCGAUGGCCUGUACUAUACUUGUGUUCCCACAGGAGGUCCGCAUAUUCCUCAACGAACACCACAAUAAGUGGUAUUCAACGAGUUCUUACUUCUGGGCCAAAUCAAUGGUCGAAAUACCCGUCUCAGUGCUCAUCGCUUACGUUUACUCAUUCAUCAUAUACUACGGCACCGGACAACCUGACCAGACAUUCAGAUAUAUAUACUUUACACUCAUUACGACUUGCGGUAUGAUAAUCUCCAACAGUACUGGGUAUCUGUUGGGCAUAAUAUUUGCCCGUAACUAUCAAGUGGCCACCACUUCGGGUGUAGCGCUGUUCCUGGUUUUGGUGCUGUUGUCGGGCUUCUUCGUGCCCCUAACCAUACAGCACGUCAUUGUUAGGGGUGCCAGUUAUGUGUCAUUCACCAAGAUCAUUUUUGAGUCCAUUCUCAUUACACUUUAUGGCUUUGAUCGGUGCAGUGAAUCUCAAAUGCCUAUACUUUUACAUCAGUUGAAACUCAGCGACACUCAGAUGAAGGAAAACAUGUAUUGGAUUAUAGGUCAUUUGAUAUUCUGGCGUUUGCUUGCAUUGGUUGUACUCAUUAUGAGAGCAAAUGAAUUCAAAUUGUCAUUCUUGAGACGAAAACAGAGGUUGGAUUCAAUUGAGACAAUGCAUGACAAGAAGAGUAUCACAUUAUCUCAAUUCCGAUGAAACAUAAACCAUUUGAAGAAACCGUUAAAUUUAUUGUUAUUUUUACAAAUUGUCAAUUGUUCUAUAAAAAAGUUAC